GCCUAAUCUAUGUUUCAUCAUCGUCUUCCUUAAUAGCCCGUGUCCUCGUCUCUCAACAUUUAAUCUAAUCCCCCACUACUCUCAAUCCUCCUUCUCCGGCGUCGCUGUAUUCAUUACCGAAUUUCUUAAGCCACUUCUAUUUUCAGACUUUCAUUAAUAGUUGCCGACGCAUUGCUUCGACAACGACUUGUGCACGCGAUCGAUCAGUCACUCUCCUUGGUUCAGCCAUUCGAUCUUUAUCUCUCCCCCCAGCGUUGAGAUCAUGGCUAGCAAAGCGGCGCACAAGCGGUUAACGCGAGAGUUCAAGUCCAUUUCCGAGAAUCCUCCUCCAUACAUCACCGCCCAUCCUUCCGAGUCCAACAUCCUCGAAUGGCACUACAUAAUCACUGGCCCUGAAGAUACGCCGUAUCACGGAGGCCAGUACUGGGGAACACUCAUCUUCCCUCCGAACUAUCCGUUCGCACCACCUGCGAUCCGCAUGCACACCCCGUCAGGACGAUUCCAGCCAUCGACUAGACUUUGUCUUUCUAUAUCCGACUUUCAUCCAAAAUCCUUUAAUCCAGCAUGGGAGGUGUCGACCAUCCUGAUCGGCCUUUUGUCGUUCAUGACCAGCGAUGAGAUGACCACCGGUUCAGUUUCUGCCUCCAGCGCCGAGCGUAAGUUUCUCGCUUCACGAUCGCGGUGGUGGAACUCGACUGGCGGUGGAUCGCAAGCUAGAGGAAAUAUUGCUACUAAGGGCAACGUCAAGGCCGGAGAUGGAGGCGCCAAAUUCCGUUCAGAGUGGCCAGAGGUGGAUCUUGAGAAUUGGGAGUGGAUGAGGAAACACAAGGUGGAUGCGGCCACCGGUAACCGAGCGGAUGGCGACAAUGGCUCUUCCUGCGGACCUCAGCUGGGCAUUGCUGCCUCGAGUGGUAACCAGGCCCAGGCCGUGGUAGAUGCUGUUGUACAACAGCGGGAUGCUGGACGAGGCUGGCUUUACCGGAACAAACUGCUUGUUGCGGGUGCGGCGAUAUUCAUCUACGUACUGAUUGCAAGGCUGGUAAGCGGCAACGAAACUCUGGCUUGAUUACAUUUCAGCGUGGUUAUAUGCAGAGAAUACAGGGUAUACAACGAAAACAGCCAGCAGCGGCCUGGAGGCAAACAUUUCAAGAGCGGCGUUUUGGGUUGUAAAUGGGUACAAUUAUAAUUGAGUUUUGGUAUUGCGAUUAAUGAAGCUUGUCUAUGUUGUUUCUGCCCUGGUUGUCUGACCAUCUGUCCCAUAUCCUGCCAGGGCUCGAUAUUAUCGAUACCAAUCAUGGAUGGAUUGAUGCACAUCAUCAACCCCGUACCGGAAACUAAACAACGCGAACAAGACUUGCUUACCUUAGUCCGUACUAAGUUGCAUGGCAUUGUUUAGCAGUACCUAGUUCAUUGCAGGGCAGAUGCCAUCAGUCGUUAGGCAUUAGUAGAUUAUUUUGAUCAUAGUCAGGAAGAAAGAUCGGCUCCUUCACCCCUUGCAUCCAGCCAGCCUCAGUACAUAUCGAUAUAUGACCUGACCUCAUACAAAGUGGCAAGAUCCUUG